AUGAUUUGGCCUGAAGAGAAUUACCCAGAGAGAGAGUCCAAUCGAGCUAGAAAGAGAAGACUCUUCCCAAAGAUUAUCCCCAAGACUGAUAACUCAGGAAAGUUUGUUGUGCCUUGUAUCAUCAAAGGUAACAUUCUUGAGCAAUCUUUGUGUGACACAGGAGCCAAUGUGAACAUCAUGUCUAAGAGGAUAGCUGACAAGAUAGGCCUCACCAAGAUAGAGCCAUCAUCCAUCUCCAUCAACUAUGCUGAUUCAUUCUCACAAACCCCUAUGGCUUUGUGCCUAAUCCACCCCAAGAAGGAGAAACUGAAGACAAUCAAGGAAGAUCCCAUUCCUAAGCCCAAGCAGCUUGCCAAACAAGCAAGGAGUAAGACUAAGGCCCCUACACCAAAACCGCCCAAGGGAUCAUCCAAGAUUGAAGAUGAGGCCAAGCCAAGAAGGAAGGUAGAAAGCCUAUCUGGCCGCAACAUGAAGCUUCUAUUCCCAAAGGAGCUUAUUGAUGAGAAUCUAGAAGGAUUCAAGGAGAAAGUUGACAAGAACUCUACAACUUUUUCCUAA